AUGUCCAGCCGUCUACCGUCCUCGCCAUCCCGUCAGCUGGGAACAGCCCCGGGCCUUGUGUCCUGCCCUGUUUGCCAAGCCAGGCAUGUUCCAUUUCCAAACCAACCUUCGGGGGGUGUGUUUGCCAGUCAAUGUCAACAAUGUUGUCAUGUGUUCAAGUUUCGGGCGUCUGCGCCUACAAAAUCAACUGUAACGUUUACUGUCAAUGGGAAACAGUACACAGCUGGAAACGAGCACAGCGCCACUACGUCUCUGAACCAGUUCCUAAGACAAAACCACGUGUCGUUUGGUACCAAGUUCAUGUGUCGUGAGGGAGGGUGUGGUUGUUGUACUGUUGCCGUCAUGUUGACCAAUCCCGUGGACGGCAAGACCGAAUCUGCAUCCAUUAAUUCGUGUCUCUGCCCUCUGUUUGUCUGUGACGGAUGGACAAUCACCACAGUGGAAGGAAUCGGACAACAAAGAACAGGGCUUCAUCCCAUACAACAACACCUUGUGGAUUAUAACGGGAGUCAGUGCGGAUUCUGUAGUCCGGGAAUGGUUAUGACAAUGUACAGUCUGCUAGAGAACAACCCGAGCCCUACAAAGCGGUUUGUGGAGGAUGCUUUUGACGGUAACAUUUGUCGAUGUACAGGUUAUAGGCCAAUUCUUGAUGCCAUGAAAUCUUUCGCCAAGCAAGUUCCGGAUAUUGAGGAUAUACGGACCAAAGUUUGUAAGAAAACUGGCAAGCCGUGUGAAGGAGGAUGUUCGUCCCAGAAUUCCCUCCACAUCCUGUCUCAGGAUGCCCAGUGGUAUCGUCCUACAUCCCUGUCAGAGCUGUAUCAAAUUCUGGGUCAGCAUAAAACUGAAUCGGUCCGCCUUACAUUCGGCAGCACCGCUUCAGGCGUGUACGGUGAUUUGGGACCAUGGAACUACCAGGUCAUUGUGGACAUACAUGCCGUUAAGGAGCUCUCCACCAUCGCUGUUACGAGCACCCUGGACGUCGGCGCCAACCUCACCCUGGCCAAUCUCAUACAGCUAUUUUUCAGUAAAUCCACACAAGCUGGGUAUUCCUACCUCUCUACGAUAGGAAGUCACCUGAGUCGUGUGGCCCAGUCACAAGUCAGAAACGUUGGCUCUUGGGCGGGUAACCUUGUCUUGAAGCAAAAACAUCCGGAAUUUCCCUCUGACGUCUUCAUCUUGCUGGAAGCAGUUGGUGCUACACUUACAAUAGGACCUAACAGUGAAACGGUAACGCCGCUGGAAUUCCUGUCUACUGACAUGACCGGCCGUGUGGUGGAACAAGCUCAUCUUCCGACCCUACCUGACAAGACUUAUGUCAGGACGUACCGUGUGGCGCCUCGAACUCAGAACUGUCAAGCAUAUGUGAAUGGUGCAUUACGCAUGAGGUUAGACAAAGGCCCCAGCUUCACAGUCCUUGAACAACCAUCAUUGGUGUUUGGUGGCAUCAGCAAAACACUGGUUCACGCCACGAAAACUGAGCAGUUUUUGACAGGCAAACAACUUGGUGAUCAAACUGUUUUACAGGGUGCUCUGAACACGCUGUUCACAGAGCUAUUACCUGAUGAUGACCCGGUGUUUGGUAGUGCCGCCUACAAGAAACAGCUAGCCGUGGCUUUUCUUUACAAGGUAAAGCAUUUACACUAUAAUACAAGACUUGCACAGAGAGUAAAACCAGAGCAAUUAUCUGUUGUCUCUUUCCGUUUUUUAUUUCGUGUAAAUUCAGAAGAGGAUAAAGUACACAUUUAUGCAUUCGCACCUUGCGAUCUUCUCAUUUCCUGCCAUUUUGUCUCGCGUCAGUUUUGUUUGGUAACCUGCAGCGCCAGUGUCGACCCCAAAUACGUCAGCGGUGGAAACAACCUGGUCCGACCUGUCUCUUCCGGUCAACAGUCUUAUGACACUCAGAAAAUGGAAUGGCCGAUCACAGAACCGCUUCCUAAGCUUGAGGCUAAAGCUCAGGCAACCGGAGAGGCUGAGUACAUUAACGACAUUCCGCCUAUUGAUGGUCAGCUCUAUGGCACCUUUGUGCUCAGUACAGAAGGCAAUGCUCAAAUCCAGACCAUCGACCCUUCAGCCGCUUUGAAAAUUCCAGGCGUGGUGAAGUUCAUUAGUGCCUCUGACAUUCCAGGGGAGAACAACUGUUCGCCAUUCGGUGCGGCUGAAGAGAUAUUCUGCAGUGGAAAGGUUGAGUAUGCAGGUCAGGCUCUCGGCCUAAUAAUAGCUGAGAGUUUAGCAGCGGCUGAGGAUGGAGCCAGAAGUGUGAAAGUGACAUACUCCAACGUCCAGGCACCGAUUGUAUCAAUCCAAGACGCCAUUGAUAAAAAGUCUUUCUUUCCCAAACCGGGAGAUGUUGUUGUGGGCAAUGCUGAAGACGCCAUAGCGAAAUCGCCGAAGUCUGUAACCGGAAGUGUCAGCAUGAGUUCACAGUAUCAUUUUCAUCUGGAGACACAUAUCAGCCAGUGCACGCCGACAGAGGGCGGUAUGUCCAUUGUGGCCAGUACUCAGUUCCCGGAUGGUAGCCAGACAAUAGCCGCUAAAGCCUUAGGGGAACCAGUCAGCAGUAUUGACCUUAGUGUUCGUCGUCUUGGAGGCGGUUUUGGGGCAAAGAUACUGAAGAACUGUCACGUGACAGCAGCUUGUGCGGUGGCAGCCAGAUUAACAAUCAAGCCGGUCCGUUUGAUGGAAGGUCUUGGAACCAAUAUGGAAAUGGUGGGCAAAAGACCAGCCUACCGGGCAGAUUAUCAGGUCGGGUUUACCGAAGAUGGCCAAUUGAAUGGUGUGAAGAUCAUUUACUACUGUGAUUCCGGGUACUCUCCUAAUGGCGAUACCUCUCCCACAGCAACACAGUUCGGGGAUAAUGUUUACCACUGUGAUAACUGGCACAUGAUCCCCACCCCUGUGAAGACGAACUGCCCUGGUCACACAGCCGUCAGAGGACCAGGUGCCACGCCGGGUAUUUUUAUCAUGGAAACCAUCAUCGAACAUGUGGCUAAAUCCCUGGGCAAAGACCCCACGGCCGUGAAGAUUCUUAACCUCUACAAGAAGGGACAGACAACACCGACUGGUAUGUACUUACCUUACUGUAGUAUUAGUGACCUGAUGACUCAACUGGACACCUCUGCCCAGGUCAGUUCUCGAGUACAACAGGUACAACAGUUUAAUCAGGCCAACAGGUGGAAAAAGAAGGGACUGUCCGUGGUGCCGGUCAAGUAUGGAAUCCUGUGGGAAGGCGGCUACUUCAACUCGCUGGUGGCCAUCUACAACGGAGACGGCACUGUAGCUGUCAAUCAUGGUGGCGUGGAAAUGGGACAGGGUAUUAACACAAAGGUAAGCCAGGUGUGUGCUCGUAUUCUGGGAAUACCUAUGGACCUGGUCAAGAUUAAGCCCACCGACACUUUAUCAGCAGCCAAUACGGGGGUUACCGGUGGGAGCGUGGGCAGUGAACUCACCUGUAAGGCUGUCAUGGAGUGCUGUCAGAUGCUGGUAGCCCGGAUGGCCCCCGUGAAAGCCAAGAUGAAGGACCCCACAUGGCUACAGCUCGUCCAGAAGUGUUUCUCGGAGGGGAUAGACCUUACGGCCAGAUACUGGUUGUUUCCCAAAACACAGUAUGAAUUCCAGUACAACUCGUAUGGUGUAGCGUGCUCAGAGGUUGAGUUUGAUGUCCUUACAGGGGAAUAUCUCCUCAACAGAGUGGAUAUUCUAUUUGACUGCGGGGAAAGCAUUAAUCCUGCCCUAGACAUAGGUCAAGUCGAAGGAGCGUUUGUCUUUGGACUGGGAUUUCAUCUUCUAGAGGAAACCUUAUACGACCCUAAGACUGGACAAAAUAUCACCAGCGAUACAUGGACUUACAAACCACCCAGCAGCAAAGACAUUCCUGUCGACUUCCGGAUACAGCUUCUGAAGAAUGCACCCAACCCACUCGGGGUCCUCAAGUCUAAAGCUGUUGGGGAACCCCCACUUUGUUUGAGCAGUUCGGCGUUAUUCGCCUUGAAGCACGCAAUCGAGGCUGCUCGGAAAGACGCUGGCCAAGAUACGCCCUUUGUGCUCAAUAGCCCAGCUACAGUCGCAAGACUGCAGGAGAAUUGCUUAACAGCCGUUAGUCAGUUUGUGUACAAACCCUAAUUAUUUCGUACUUAAGUCAUAUUAUUUUAACCUACGGAUAGCUGUGGGUUUCCCAAGGGCAGUCUUCGGUGUCCUGCCCCCAUAUAUGUUGACUGCUGUCAUACAAGAGAAAUAUUCUUGAAUAUUGUGUAAAACAAAAAUCAACAGAUAAAUAAAUAAAAUAUUAUUUAAACCUUCGAACUGUGAGCAUAGAAAUUACAUGUAUGUGAUUACGCCGCCUGACACCCUAUUAUAAACAAAUGACCUAUUAAACGCUGUAUAUUAGAAGAUGACAAAACGUCCAUACACACAUUUGUAACUGUGUACAAGGAUGGCUUCUUAGAUAUGGUUUUGUUCAGCAGAUAUAAGUAAGUUGUGUUAUCCGUCAGAAUGCAUGUAUUUGGAGUGUUCAUGUAUUAUCCUCUUGAUACCGUCAUAUAAACCGCCUAACUGUUUAUCCAGCUUCCCGCUUGCUAAUAUGCCAUAUAUCUGAGAACAAUGAAGGCCAUCAUACACAGCUUGUUUCACUACGUCCAUGCACAACAUGUUAUUGUACCCAGAAUGUUGUUGUUUAAUGUGAGAUAAGGUUGUAUUACCUAUGGUUGUGCGCAUGUAUAUAAGUAUAUUGUAUAACUAUUUCAGAAACAUAUUUACGCAACGUAAUGUUUUGUGGUCACGUUUGGAAUUACAUUUGUAACAAUCCAAUUGAAAUGCGAAUUUUUCUCCUCACCCAUAUAUAUAGUAUAGUCGAGGCCAGUUUGGGUCUUAUAAUAAGUAUUUUCUGUAUAUUUUGCUUAUACAUUUGGUGCAGUGUCCUAUGUUAUUUUACGUUUGUAUACACAAAGCAUCGCUCCACAAGCUUGUAAAACAUAUGUUGUAUUGGCGCAUUAAAUAUACAUUGUCCAGUCAUUUACCAGUCUUAUUUUUUGACAAUCUGUCAACAGUUUGGUUCAUGAGUGUGUCGUCGAGAACUCUCAUCUAAAAUUUGUAGCUGAGACGUUACAUAUAAAGAUUGUGGCAACCAUGCUAUAGGGUUGAGCGUGUGCAUACGUUAUACAUCCUCGCCACCAAGAACUAACCGUGAAAAAUCACAGGAUCUAUUUGUAUUACAUGUUGGGAUUCUAUUUGUAUUACACGUUGGGAUUCUAUUUGUAUUACAUGUUGGGAUUCUAUUUGUAUUACACGUUGGGAUUCUAUUUGUAUUACACGUUGGGAUUCUAUUUGUAUUACAUGUUGGGAUUCUAUUUGUUGUACGUAAUAACUUGGAAUAGGAAUGCCGUACACCAUGCGAUUUUCAUUAACCACUUGGAAUAGAACAUGUUUUAUUCCUCGCAGUUUCAGGUGAGAACUUGGAAUAUAGCAUGCUCUAUUCUUUUGAAAAUGGCGAAUAUUUUGUGAUUUUCACAGUUAA